CAAUAAUGCUCUCUCCCUCGCAAAUGAGCCGCCGGCUCAAAGGAAUUGGCAAGAAGAGCUCUCCUUCCUCGCCGAUCCAAAAUCUGCUGCUCAACGAGUCACCCACCCUGAACCAAGCUCCCUCAGCAGACCUCGCGCGUCAGUACGAAACGGACAAAGCCUCGCUCAUCAAGUACUGCUUCUCAGGCCGUGAUGGCCUGGGAAACCUCCACGAGUCAUACAUCACCCACGUACGAAUCAUUGAAGAUUCACAUUACCCGUACGAUGUGCCGCCCGCAACGUCGGCAGCAAAGAACAAGAAGCAACGCGUGUUGGUGCUUGGCGUCAAAAAGUCCGGGCGCGUACACAUCCACAAAGGCCGCCAGAACGAUGAUGGCACGUUCCAAAUUGGCCGCACGUGGGACUUGGAGGAACUCAAGCAGAUUACGAAGCUGGACAGCUUUUCUGGCUUCCAGAUGACCAUUGGUAAAACCUACUACUGGGAGACGAACUCGCCGUUGGAACGUAUGGUGUUUUGUAAGACAAUUAUCCAGAACUAUAUGAAGUAUACUGGCGGGCGCAUACCUGAACUCAAAGGCUGGGACUUGGCUACAUUUCACCUCGAGACACUUAGACCCGGUACUGCCGAAAAGUCCGUCGACAAGGGGAAAUAUGUCGUCCUGGGAAGUACCGCACCCGUCAGGGAACCCACAGUCAGACGGGCAAAGGAGGAGGUGCAGUUAAAAAAGAAACCCACCCAGCCUGGGAGUCCAAAAACCCCAGGCGCGCUCUACGGCGGUAUUGACUUCACCGUCAACGGAACAUUACCUAUGAAGCCUAUGGUGGAAAUGAUCGUAGACCGGACCCCUGGCAGGGUCGAGACCGAUGUAAAGCAACGGUCAAAGUCGGAGAGGUCCACACUCGAUGGAAAGUCAAGGUCCAUGCUAGAUGCUGGGAAACCUAGGUCCAUGUUAGAUGCUGGGAAACCUAGGUCCAUGUUAGAUGCUGGGAAACCAGAGAGGGGGAUGGUCACUGGGAAUACAGGUAGAUCCCUGUUUGGCCUGAACGAAAGACCGGACCCCAGAACAAGUAGAUCCAUGCUAGAUCCCGGCGAGCCCGGAAGAGUAUCCGCCCCUAGCAUAGAUAAGCUUGGAAAUACCUCCGGCGCUCUGAUAAAUUCCUCGUUGGCAUCGCAGCUGCUCCGUCGCGCGUCACCUUCCUAUCCUGAGCGCAAUGCUGCGCGCUUACAGAGCAAGGAGAGUACCACACCGACCUCUGUCUCCCUCCACCUGAGGGAAUCUGCCCCCAACCACCCCUUCCGGGGCUUGUCCGCCACCUCCUCGCCGGUGUACACGCGCGGAAAUGCAGUCAUCGACAAGGAGAACGAGACUUCGUACUACGAACCUCACUCAUUCAUGGAGGAGAAGGCGUUGAAUCUUCGCCGCGAGAUUGGCGUCUUAGAGCCGGCGAUUGAAGUAAACCCGAUUUCCUUCAAAACCGUUGCGCCUGUCUCGAUGGAGCCCGCCCUGGAUAACUCAUUUGGUGGUUUGUUACCCACGCUUUCGGAAAAGGAGAUGAUAGAAAGGGAGAUCAUGGAACUCCUUCCAGGCAGUGAUACUGAAGAAAUUUCUCGGCCUGAUCCUAAGCCGGUCUACGGUGAGCCAGUACCAGGUUUCGGGAAAGAGCCCAAGGAAGUUUUAAACGGUAAGGGGUUACAUGCUUCGCUCAAUAAUGCGAGUGCUCCACUUAACGAAGACUUUGACUUGAACGCUUCCCUUGAUAACGACGAUUAUUCAAAGACUUCUCUUAGCACCAAAGAGUUGCCUCCACUUGGUAAAGACGUCGAUUUGAACUCUGCGGAAGAUGGCGAUUUGCAGGCAUCUCUUCAGGGCGGUGCUUUGGGUAAUGGCACUCUCGGUGUCACUUCGGAAGCUUUGGACGUGCCCCAAAACUCUCUUGCGCUAGAAGAAUAUCAACCAGAUACCAACAACGAACUCGAGGACAUCCUCGAUAUGGUCAACUGGAACAUGAACGACUCCUCCGACGAGUUGAUCAAGAAGCUUCAGAACCAGAUCAACAGCAUGAAGUAUCAUAGCGCCAAUGACCUCUUGGGGAUGAACCUGGACCUCAAGAAGUUGGACAACUACGUGGACUUGGUUAUUGGUGAGGUAGAUAACUUGGGAGCCUACUUCAAAAACUUUCAGAUCGAUUUGAAGAUGAUCGAGCACGAUAUCCACGCGAUCGAGAACGAGUCUCAGGGUUUGCAGGUAGAAACCAUCAACAAGAAGGUUUUGUACGCCGAAUUGAAGGAAAUAUUGGAAAAGGUCACCAUCAAGGAGCAAGACAUGAAGGUGUUGCAGCGAGCCGACUUUGCCCAUGAGCUCCAGGACAUCGAGCUCACAUUGGUUGCAUUCUACUCGGCGUUGCAAACAGUGGUAUUUAGUAAGGAAAAGCUUGAUUUGAGUGACAUGAAAGCAUUGAAGCAGCACCGUGAAACCUUCGAGGGCAUUACCCGGGACUUUUCCCAGAGUGUAAAGCUCUUCUUGGAAGGUAGAAUCAAGAGCUUGGUCAAACGGAUUACUAGUCAUGAAAACGCCAUCACUAUUGCGGAUCUACUUUCGUAUUUCUCCAGGUUGUUGAAAUACUCUGCGAUUUUGUUGUUUGUCAAGGAAAUUGCCCCGGAGGUUUACUCCGCCUUGCUUGCUUACUUUGAAACCAGUAUCGCGCCUUUCUAUAACGCCCUCUUGGGGGAAAAGAUUGCAUGGAUCCAGACCAGCAUGGACAUGUCUGUUAAGGAUAUUCCCGUUACCGUGGAGGCUAGCCGCACCAAAUCCAUAAAGUUCAAUGAGAACAAACUCAAGGAAAAGUUGGGGUUGGCAGAAGUCUCGCACUUCUCGGGUUCCAAACGUGUUUCCGCGGUUCCUAGCACGGCGAAGGUUGGCACAGAUCCCACCUCCACUAUCAUUGCGUUCAUUGAAGAGUUCCGUGACCUUAUCAUUACCCAACAGGACUUCCAGCUCAAGUUCUUUCACCUCUCCUCUGCCAGUGGCGAGUACCCCGAGUACAUUGAGGAUAACCCUAUUGACCGCAGGAAGGAAAUGCUCGACCGGCCGUUCUUCCUUAUCGAGGCCAACAGACAAUUUGCUGCGACGUUGUUCAAUUCUAUGAACAACUUGUUCAACGAACACAUGCACACCUUUUUGAAGAUCGCUUCGCCGCCCGUAUCUAGCUUGCCUGCCUUGUUGCUUACGACCGAGCGCAUUCAGAAGAAGUACGAGCAAACUAACCAGGAAUUCUUGUCGAAGUUCUUGUACAGACUGGCAGAGAAAUUUAAAAUUACAUGGUUGAAGGCGGUCAACGAGAAGAUGAAGGGGUUGGCAAAGGUGACGUUCGGCAAGCGCUCUGGAGUUUCCCCGAUCAUCAAGGAGUUUCUUCAGUUUGUGGAUAGCACCGAGCAUGCACUCAUGUCGGUUCUGAGCUUGGACCCUGCAGCCUCCAGCGACUCUCCAACGCGGGCCAUGUUGGACCACUCUUACCUGGAGCUUGGGGAAUCCAUCAAGAACGCCUUGGUCAAGGCCAAUCCCAGUCAGGAUACUCACCAUUCUAACAAGGAAAGGACCCAUGCUAUGAUCAACAUGAUCAUCAAUCUUAACUAUUUGGUGGAUGAGUCGGGCACCCACGACAACGAAUCCUUGUUGACGAUGCAAAGUGAGUUUAACCAGCUCUUGCAGAGGGAAACGGUGGAGUAUAUUGAUUCUAUCAUGGCCAUACCAUUUGGAAAGUUGAUUGAGUUUGUUGAAAGUAUUGAAUCGUUGACCAAGGAUAGUAUCGCGAUUAAUCUCUCCAAAAGCAGCGUGUAUAACAAGGCGGCAACAAAAAAGCUAUUGGCUAGUUUCGACUUGAAGGAGUUGCGCCUCAAAAUCGAAAUGCUUCACAAGAAAUUGGAGAAGCACUUUAUUGUUGAAAACAGCGAGUUUGAAAACCGUGUUCGAGACCGUAUCUGGCUCUCGUUGCAGAACCAGUGUAUUUCAACAUUCAAGCGCUUAAACUUCAUCUUGUCGAGGUAUUAUGGAGAGGUGGAGUACGGUGUAUCGAAAGAGGCGAUCAUCUCUGAGUUCAGGGUGUACACCAAGUAGUGAAUAAUGACUAUCUGAGUAACCAGAAACUGUAGACACACAUGGUUGUAUCUCGACUUGACCUAUAGAAGUCUUUCAAAAUCUCGCAGAAUAUGAAAUCG